UGUCGCCUGGACUUCUCGCUCUUCCUCUUCCUCCCUAACAAUCUUUGUGUCUUUCUUGCUUGACUCUUCAACACAUUGUUCUAGCUGAUCUCGUUCCACACCCCAGAAAUCCUAUCACGCAUUCUCGUCCGUGAAACCAACGCAUUCUCGUGCUCAGAUCCUACGGGCUUCAGCCCCAACCCCUGGCAAUUCUGACUUUUAGCUCCCACUAAGCAACCCCAAUGCCACCUUCGUCCGACGGUCGCCUCUCAAUCCAAAUGGAAGCACUUGGCCGUACAGCAAAGAUCCCCGUCGCCAGGGAGUGGCGGAAGAUGGCUCUUCAAGAUGGGGUGGGGGAUCAUAAGCUGCUGAGAGCCUUGGAUAUGGCAAGGAUCUCCGCUGCGGCCGAGGAGAUCUUCACAACUCGCAUUCUGCGUAUUCCACUUUGCAUUUCACCUGCCAUACUGCCAAAUCGGACAGAAUCCCGAGAAUCUGGCAACAGCUUAUUUUCUGCUGAACUCUUUGGUCCGAGCUACCAAGAGACGAACCCCCAACGUCACCGCCUCAGCGGGUCAGUUGAUGCAAGACAGCGUGACUUUGAAUCUCCAACACCCGAUAAACACCCAUUGGUUGCAUUCACUUGGGGUAGGUACAUCGCAUGUCUAGCCCAAGAACAGGCGGGGGGAACGCUUGGAUUGAACUUCGCAAUGGCCAAAGAUCCGAAACAUUCCUGCGAAUGCUGGGAUAGAGAUCCUUCGAAACCCAAACAUCUCCUGUCCAACAAGACCUUGUAUUCAAGGGUCGAUUGUCCGAGUCUUCGCAGAAGCGCUCUCCCUCAUCGAAAAGACAGAGAGAAACGCAAUCUGAGAAUGAGGUUUCUCCGAUUGCACUUCAUGGUGCGCCAUCGAGCACGCAGUCGCAACGCGGAACCAUGGCAUCCCAGAAUCCCUUCUACAUGAACCCUCCUCAACCCCAAGGUCACACUCACACCGAAACUUGGGAACCACCUUACAGUUUCUGUCUCCAAGGAGCGACGUGUCAGCCCUUGGAGAGCACCUUAACUCCACACCACUAUCAAGCCCAGCAAGCACAUUAUUUACAGCGGGCCCUUGAGGCCCAAAGCCCGACUACGCAUACCACACAAUCAACACCUUCUCUGUCCUUCGAUUCGUCACCCGAUCAAUAUUCCGACAUGGAGGGCUCGGGGUUGGAUUACGACAUCCUGAACAAUCUCAGCUACCUGGAUAACUUUGAGUAUGGCAGCCUCCUCGAUGGCCUCGGAUGCGACAGCUUCAGCGACCCCAUCCUGUUCACGUCGGACGAAAGUUUUAUCCAGCCACCCUUCACGGAUGCCGCUCUAUUCCCACCUCUUGACCCGUCACCGCCGGCCAGCCUUGCACCUUUACCCAUACAUAAACAUCGCUGCCAGUUCGAGGGCUGUGCAGAAUCAUUCGCACGCCCAUGUGAACUUAGACGGCAUGAGUAUAAGCACACGAAGCCAUUUAAAUGUCCGCAAUGCAGCCGCCCUUUCGCCGAGAAGCGACGCUGCAUUCAACACGUCCAGGCGGUGCAUGGCCUCGCGACGGACGAGGACAAGGUCAAGUGUCAUUUGUGUCGGUACAGCGCCGUCCGGCCGGACGCGGUGAAGAGGCAUCUGAGGCUGAAGCAUGGGGUCGGCGAGAAGUCGGAGGGUUCGCCCUGUACCUCAGGAUCGGAGGAUCAAUCUGAUGGAGAGACAGGACCGGGAAAGAGGAGGAAGGUGAACGAGCUCUGAACGAAGGCGGCGUGAGAUGGCAGAGCAGGCGUUCUUGGAUCUCGUCUUUGAUUUGAAAAAGCGCGAUAUGGUUUCAGGGCUGCGACUUGCGACGGGCUUUGUGUAUUUUAGACACGAGUAACCAGCAUCUUGAAUUUUAACUGCUUUAUACCCUCUACGCAUCCAAACUGAAGAGUCUUAGAGACGGCCACUGAAUUGAGACACCCCAGCACGAGACUGGUUGUGAGGAGCUAUGCAGGAGGCACUCAUCUUUCUUUCACUUGCA